AUGUCUGAAGAAGAAAGGGAUCUUCUGGCCCGUAUCGGUCAACUUGCAGGGCAAAUCAACAGACACAGAAGCCAACAGGCUGGAGUUGGAGCCGCCCCGAGUCGCCAACCAAACAGUUAUCGACGUGGAAACGCAUACCACCCAGCCAGCGCUUACAAUGGUUCGGCGUAUCGAGUUGGGCGGCCGCACAACAGCCAUCGACAUCGCACUCUUCACCUCAACCAGUCUCGGCCGGCGUCAGACUCUAACACACCCAGCCCAGGUUCAACACCUGGAAGUACCGGUUGGGUGUCCAGAAAUGACCGCCACCGACAGUUAAUCAACGCCAACGUAUACGAGAAAGAAACCCAAAAUCGCGCUAAAGCCAUGGAAGAGACGAGGCAGAAGAAGUUUCAGGGUCGAAAACAGCGAGAGAAAACGCAGCUGAAAGACUUUUUGCGGCACCAAGCCAGUGCUACUGACGCGACUACUAAUUCUACUCCUGGUACAGGAAGAAACGAGAUUAUAAUUGAAGGCAUUCGUUUCCACGUGGCUGACGGCGGCAAGAAACUUGUGAAAUCUGCAGAUCAAUAUUCCGCCACUCCCAAGACGGCCGUUGUCGCCGGGGUCAGAUUCCAGCGGACAAAGAGCGGCAACAUGGUGGCCAACAGGAUCGUCCAAGACCAACGUCGAUCCGGGGUUCAAAAGAAGGUUUCCCAACCUUGCAAAGCAUUUUCAACGACGGGUUCCUGCCCCAAAGGGCCAACUUGCCGAUAUCAACAUGAUCCAACCAGGGUGGCUGUAUGCAAGGACUUGCUCAAGGAUGGCAAGUGUCCCAACGGCGAGUCGUGCGACCUUUCCCAUGAUCUUACCCCCGAACGCGUCCCGAAUUGCUUGCACUAUGCAAAGGGCCACUGUACAAAACCCGACUGUCCGUAUACGCACUCCAGAGCAGCCCCCGGUGCUCUGGUCUGCGAGUCUUUUGGAUUCUACGGUUACUGUGACAGAGGAGCCGCCUGCACUGAACGCCAUGUUUUCGAAUGUCCUGACUUUAGCAACACGGGUGUCUGCAAAAACAAAGGAUGUAAACUCCUCCAUCGUGAAAGGGCAAGCGUCCUACGAAACCAAGCCAAGGCUGACGAGGCCAUGGACGAUGAUGUAUCCAGCGACGAAGAGCCAGUCGAUUCAGACGACGUUGACUCGGAUGAGGUUGCGGAACUCAUUGAAGCAGAAUCGGACGACUCUGACUUUGAGAACCAAAAGGACUUUAUCCCUCUCUAG